GCACCGGCAGCCCUCAGCAAGAACAUCGUAACAGCAUCAAGCCUCGACUCCUAUGACAGUGCAGUUGAGGAUGCCCAGCGCAGGGAACCGAAACGUGUCAAGGAGACUUUCGUGACGCCGAAGAAGCCACUGCCGGCUGAUGCUGCGGAAGCUUUAUCGGAACCUAAGCCUUGCCCCCGACCCUCGAAAGCUGCCAAGCUGAACGCCCCGCCAGCCGAUGUCGGAUGCCCGAAGCCUACCACUGACCGAUCCCCAAAGCCUACCACUGACCGAUCCCCAAAGCCUACCACUGAUCGAUCCCCGAAGCCUACCGGUGUCCGAUCCCCGAAGCCUACCACAGGCCCGACCCGCCUCAACUCCCAAGACUCGAGCCCCGGCCCAAGUGCCAGUGAUGUGGCCCCUCCCGGAGAACAACUUAGGGAGCUCCUCAAGAAGCAUGGCAAUUUCAAGAGUCUCGAGAUGAACCUCCGUAAGUUCCACCUCAAGAAAAAAAUCUUGGCCAAGCGCAGUAGCUACGUGACGAAAGCCUACUUGCUGGGCCACUGCCACUGGCCCAUGGUUGAGAAGGCCUGGGUGUGGGCGAAUGAGCACAAGGUUCUGCGAAAGAACGAGGUUCAUGGGGAGGAGGAAGCCAAGCUGAUUUUGUCCGAAGACUUCGAUCUUCUUGAUGAAGAAGGGCAGGAGAUCAGCAUGAACGGAUCAGUGGAAAUGGAGGUGCCCAGGUUGCGAUGCUAG